AUCUUCAAAAUAACACUUCAAACAAUAAAAAAAAAAAAAGCCAAGCAAUCAAAAUGUCUCACAACAAAGCAUCCAACCCAAGUCUUCACGUAGCAUUCUACCCUUGGUUUGCUAUGGGCCACUUAACUUCAUUCCUUCGUUUAGCUAACAAACUAGCCGAAAGAGGCCUUACAGUCUCUUAUUUUAUACCAUCCAAAACCCAACCAAAACUAUCCCCUCACAACCACCACCCUAACCACCUUACCUUCAUACCCAUCACCGUCCCACACGUCGACGGCCUCCCACCCGGAGCCGAGACCACCAACGAUGUCCCCGGCUCAGCCGUACCCCUCAUCAUGACCGCAAUGGACUUAACCCAAGAUACAAUUGAGGCCCAUCUAGCCCAACUCAAGCCCAACUUUGUUUUCUAUGACUUCACUUAUUGGAUACCUAAACUAGGCCAAAAACUUGGGUUUAAAUCUAUCCACUAUUUUACCGCAUUUAUAUCAAGAUAUGGUUAUCUUGCACCUUACAAAAAGGCAGGAUACCUUCCAAACGCGGCCGAUCUUCUACGGCCCCCACCAGGCUAUCCAUCCCCUAUAAGGAUGAAGCCUUACGAAGCCAAAAUUAUGGCGGGCGCAGGUAAAACCGCCUUUGGAUUAGGCGGGUUUACGCUGGCCGAGAGAUUAGCCGUGUCAUUUAUAGAGUGUGAUGCGUUUGGAGUAAAGACUUGUAAGGAGAUGGAAGGUGAACAUUGUAAGUUUUUUGAGGAUGUUUUUGGUAAGCCUGUGCUUUUGGCUGGACCAGUUGUGCCUAAACUUCCAUCUUCUAAACUUGAUGAACAUUUUGAUGGGUGGUUAAAUGGGUUUGAUGAAUCUAGUGUGAUUUUUUGUGCUCUUGGAAGUGAAUGUUCUUUGGAAAUUAACCAAUUUCAUGAGCUUCUUCUUGGAUUAGAGCUCACAGGUAGACCAUUUUUGGCGGUUUUAAAGCCGCCAAAAAAUUACGAAACAAUAGAAUCGGCAUUACCGGAAGGUUUUGCAAGCAGAAUAAGAGAAAGAGGAAUAGUUCAUGAAGGUUGGGUGCAACAACAACUAAUUUUACAACAUCGAUCAGUAGGAUGUUUUAUAACUCAUUGUGGAGUUGGUUCUUUAUCUGAAGCUAUAAUAAGCAAAUGUCAAGUAGUGAUGAUACCUCAAGCAAUUGAUCAAUUCAUCAAUGCAAGGAUGAUGAGUUUAGAGUGGAAGAUUGGGGUCGAAAUCGAGACGAGGGAGGAUGAUGGUUUGUUCACUAUGGAGGAUGUUCAUAAGGCAAUUACAAUGGUGAUGGAUGGAGAAAGUGAAGUUGGGAGAGAAGUUAGGGCUAACCAUGCUAAAUGGAGGGAGUUUAUUUUAACACAAGGUGUUGAAGACUCUUAUAUUAGUAGCUUCAUAGAGAGUCUACAACAAUUGCUAAUUGUAUAGUUAAGUGGUACUCACAAUUAUGGAUUCAUCUAAUCAUCUAAUCUUAAUUGUGAUAGAGAUUUGAUUUUACACGAAAAUCAAUUCUCUUUCUUUUACUUA